GGCCGCCGUAGUUUUUAACAAAAAACGGUUACCCAGCAACGAGAAAAAACAAUUCUAACCCUCGGCACCAGCUGGGAGAGAAAGAAGAGGUACCACAGGCAGUUCUUCCCAAGAAGAUGUCGAUUCCAUUCUCCAACACCUACCUCCGAAUUCCACAAGGAUUUGGGAAUCUUCUUGAAGGGCUCACACGUGAGAUCCUGAGGGAGCAACCAGAAAAUAUACCAGCUUUUGCAGCAGCAUAUUUUAAGGACCUUCUUGAGAAAAGAGAGAAAACCAACUUUGAUCCAGCAGAAUGGGGGGCUAAGAUAGACGACCGCUUCUAUAACAAUCAUGCAUUCAAGGACCAGCAAAUACCUGAGAAACAAGAACCUGACCAAGAAAGGCACCAGGAAUCUUCUGAGGAAAAUAAGGAGGAAAUUGCUGCUGUCAAAAUCCAAGCAGCCUUCCGGGGACACAUGGCCAGAGAAGAGAUAAAGAAAAUGAAAUCAGGAAAGCCUGAAAAUGGCAAAGAAGAAAAUGAGUGAGAACACUGGUUUUACCCCCAGAAAACAUGAAAAAAUAAGCCAGACCAUCAAACUUGUUGUAGUUGUCAUUUUUUCCUUAGUCAGAGAGAUUUGAUGUUGUGAAAUACCAUUUGUUGCUGCUGUAAAAAUCUGUUGAGCAUUUGUUCAAUAAACAUGCCACCGAAACAUACCACUUAAA